UCCUAGCACUGGGGAGACUGAGUAGGGAAGAUUGUCACCAGCUGGAGGCACCCUGUACUACAGAGUGAGGCCCUGUCUCAACGACAAGAAGCCAGUCCAGUUCCAUCUAUCCUACCCUUUCCCUAAGUUAACCGCUCCUGUGACAUGGUAUGAGAAGACCAGAGCCAGAAAGGAGAAGAAAAAAAAAUAGAAAGGAAUUUCUUUAACCACGAGCCCAGCAUUCUCAAUUCAAGUUAAGGAGACAAAGGCCUAGAGGAGUGAGCACAGGCUGCCGAAGAGGUGAGCGCUGAGACAGCCCUCAAACCAAUUUUCAGUGUCUUCACAUCCCCUGAAUUAAAGACAGCUGGAAGAAGAGGAAGCAGCUAAUAGUGCGCACCUACAGCUCUGUAAAUACACCUGUCCCCAAGGAGAGGAGGCCCCGCUGGUUUCAACCUGUAGCUGCAAGCUCGGGACAGAAAUCUACGGCAGAACAUGGCACCCGGACCAAAACCCACUGGUCGGAGAGAGGCCGCAAGUCCUGCGUGUGUCCCGCAGCCGAGCUCCAAAGCAACGGGCGGAACCCAGGGUUUUAACCCGCGCCAUCACUCCAACUCAGAAAACGAGUCCCUCCGCUGGCACGAAGCAGGGAAAUAUGUGGGCACAGCCACAAACAAUUCAACAAGCUUCGCAGAAGUUUCUACGCGGAGACGCAGAGAGCCAGGCUCUGAGCCCGACGCAGAAGGACCCGGAGAGCAAGCGGGCGGAGGGGAGGGCAGCCGGGAGGCAGGUCGGCAUCCGCCCGCGCCAACGGCCGCGGAGGAAACCGAGCCCGCGACCGAGCCGCUCAAGCCCCGCCCCGGGCAGGGCGCUGUCUCCCCCGACGCCCUCCCCGCCUGCCGGCGCGCCCUACCCGAGCAGGCGCCGACUCCGCCAUGGCCGCAGUCGCCCCACAACACCGACUGGCGGGAGAGUGCUCGGGCUGGGUGCCACUCCGCCAACCGCCCGGACUUCGGGAAGCCGCCACCGCCGCGGUGUUGAUACAAGGUGCAUUCUGGGAACGUGCCCCCUCCCCGUGCCAAGAAGAGCUGCCCCCGCUCCUCCCGCCGCGCGGCGUUGCUACUGCGCCACGGUGCUCCGGGAAGGUGAACUGCAGCUUGCCACUCCAGCCAUUGAGUGUGGGGUAUAAACGCAAAAUCAAGAGCGUUAUUUGAGUUUAAGGUUCUACAGAGCUACACCACAGUGGGGCCCUAGCUUGCUGAUGGUCAUCUGUGGGACAGUUUGAGUAUUCGGGUCGUCCGUGGCCUGGGCUAUGCCUCACCAUCUAACUGUAUAUCCUACAAGUUUGUACCUCUCUGCUCUGGCCACAUCGAUCUCCUUCUUCCUUACAGUCCCUUCUCCCUGCCUUCCUUUCUGUUUGCCCCAUGCAGCUCAUCC